UACGUACGAGAAAUGGCAGCAGUGAGUAUUGGAUGUGGAGAUUUUUUAGAAUUUCAGGAUGCAUUAAAAAGAAUGCGACAAAUUGAUGACAAAAUCAUUUAUAUGCUAAAUGUUAUAAUUCCAACAGAGUCAUUUCAAAAAGACAAUGAUACGCAUGCAAAAUGUAAAGAAUUACAUGAACAAAUUCAAACAGGUCAUAAAGCUAGAGAAUUAGCUAUUACAAAAUGUUUAAAUGCAUCAAAAGAAAAGAUAAAUCGAUUAGUGACUGAAAGAAAUAAUGGCAAUAAUAGUUUUGAACUUGUUCAAGAAUUAAGAAAAGAACAAAAUGCUCUACGCUUAUUGAAAUCAGAAUUAAACAUAGAAGAAGUUGUAAAAAAACAUACAGUUAGUGUAUUUCACAAAAAAUGUGGCUAUUUCUAUAAAUCAUCGAGUAAUGUAUAA